AUGCGCAACGCCCGCACCCGCCUCGUCUGGUUCCACGUCCCGCUCCGGCUCUCUCCCCGCACCGACGCCGAGACCGCCCUGCAAGCCCGUGGAGAAAGGAUCGAGAUGCGGGGGCGCAAGGAGGUGGGCGUGGUGAUGCGGGAGAAGAGGAUGGCGCUGGAUUUGGUGGAUGGGCUUGUGGUGGCGCUUAAACAUCAUUUGAGGAGCGAACUCGGGAUAUAUUAUGAGGAUUUGUAUGAUCUUGUUAAGCCGUUCCAUGAGCACGCUCAUGGCCGUCACCACCACAUGAUGGAAGUUCACAUCACGCACGACCACGGCCACGACCACACCGAACAAACCCACCGCACCCUCACCCAAUCCCCGUCUCAGACCCAACCCCAACCCAGACCCCAAUCCGUUCUCAGCCCGUCCAAACCGACCGCAAAAGCAUCCACAUCCACGUCCUCCCUCCUACAAACGCCCCGCGACCCCAUCAUCCCCGCCAUAAACUCCUACGGCUCCAUCGCCCCCACCCCCUCUUCCUCCCGCUCGCUCACACCCACCCCGCGCCCCUCGCGCCAUUCCUCCACCAAAUCGAAAUCCCACCUCCACCUCCUCCACCGCCACGCCUCCACCUCCUCCUCAGACUCCUCAGACUCCGACUCCUCUACCUCCCGCGAGCGCAGACAUCUUCUUCCCGCUAAUAGAGGGGAGGCAGAAGAUGUGUUGGGUAAGAUAAGCGGGGAUUUGAUCCCGUUUGGGAGUGUGUUUAGGGGGGUGGGGAGGGUCGUGGGGCGGUUGUUGCAUUUCCGGAUCGGGAAAGACUCGGAGCAGGAUUCGCAGGGGGAGAGGGAUGUGGAGGCUGCGGCGGGUGUGGAAGGGGAUGGUGAGCAGGAGAGGUUGUUGGUCGAGACGGACAGUGGGGACGAAACGGAGGAAGAUGACGAUGAUGCGCCCGCGAGAGCACCCGGGAAAAAGAAAUACGCCACCGAACCGCCGCGCCACACUCGCCAACUCCAACGCCCAAAGAUCGCACUCCGCCUCCACCAGUGCAGGCGCCCGAGGCCAAGGCGGGGUGAAUCGGUUGAGCGGCGAAGAGGGCGCGAGACAGGCGAGCGAGAUGGCGUUGGAGAGGAUCUUGACUACGCCGUUGCCGUUGUCUGCGACCCAUUUUCCCUGUUCACUAAACGACGACUGACCUCGUCACUCCUUCGUCCCCCAUACGCAUAUAGGCACACCGUCUGGAUCUACCUCAUCUUCCUCCCCUUCCAACUCGUCGACCAGUUCGGAUGGUCCUCCAUCCCCGGAACCGCCAUCGCGGCGUUUAUUUAUCUUGGCUUCCUCGCUGCGGGAGAGGAGAUCGAGCAGCCGUUCGGCUACGACGAAAACGACCUCGACCUCGACAUGUUCUGCAAAGAGAUCGUCCACGCAGACAUCGAGAAACUGAAACGAACACCCUGCACGAAUGUCUUCCUCGGCUCGCGGCAUCUCAGCGCGCGGGAUCCGCUGUAUGACGGGACGAGGAGCGUGAAGCAGGUCGAGGCAGAUGGGGUGCGGAAGGGGAAGGGGGGUGCGGAAGGAGAGGAGGGUAAGGGCGCGGCGUUGGUCGCAGGAAAUGAAAAUGGGAAUGCGGAGGAGAGGGAAAGGGAGAGGAGGGAGAGGAGGGAAGAGGGCAGGAUGGAAGGGCAGGAGAUGCACGAUCAUGAGAUUGAGGUCGUCAUCGGAUGA